AGCAAGCCAUUGCUGCUUCGACCUCUGGGCCCAAUAUAAUUCUUGUUUAUUCAGCAAAUCAUCCAACUUACCCCUUAAUUCCCAAUCAUAUUUGACAUCACCUUUCUUGAAGGAGAAAAGCAAUCUCUUCACCAAGACUAAGGUAAUUAUGGACUCUUUCAGUUGAUGUCAGUGUAAUUUAGUGUAAAUUUAGUAACUUCAACCUUUCAUUACAUCUUAGCAGAGUGAAAAUUGCUUAAUAAAUCCAAUUAAAUUUAUGUGUGUGUUAUAAAAGCAAGGACCAUUGAUCUCCAUUGAGUAUGAAAUAUCAUCUAAUUGGUUGGUAACUAUGUCAAGUUGCAGAAUAGAAUUAGCUUCAUUAAUUUAUUUGUCUAUUUUCUUCAUGGUUGAGUUAAUGAAAUUUAUGUGUGUGUUUUAAAAGCAAGAAUGUAAACCUGUAUAUUUUGACCCUUCAACUAUGAAAAUGUAUUACUUUCACCCCCCUCUAGACCACCUUCAAAAUGGGUGUACUUGUACGAUUUAAUAGUUGAGGGGUCAAUAUGAGCGGGUUCAUAGAUGAGAGUAAAGUGAUAUUCACUAAUAGUUUGAGGGGGUCUUGGGGUAAUUGACUUAUUUUGUUUCAAAUGCUUGAUUUUCAUGUGCUUCUCUAGCCAUGAGGUGUAUGUGCUGGUUAUGUAGUACAUACAACUACAUUUUGUUUCUUUAUGCAUCAAAACCAUCAAGCUUUCUUACCCUUAACUCCUUGAUAUUAGUUCCUUUGCAGAGUGGCUGAUGUUCUCUCUGAUUAUCUUGGAGGGAUGAAUGAAGAUUUGAUCAAGGAUAACUUUGUUAUUGUAUAUGAGCUUUUGGAUGAGAUGAUAGAUAAUGGAUUCCCUCUCACAACAGAGCCUAACAUCCUGAGGGAGAUGAUACCUCCUCCAAAUAUUGUUAGCAAAGUGUUGAGUGUUGUGACUGGCAACAGUUCCAAUGUGAGCAACACCCUUCUAGGUACAACAACUUGUGUUCCAUGGAGGACAAUGGCCCUAAAACAUUCAAAUAAUGAAGUUUAUGUUGAUCUUGUUGAAGAAAUGGAUGCAAUAAUAAACAGGUACGAGGAUCCAGGCAUUGCUUUACAUUAUGGUGGAAUGUUGAGGUAGUGUGUACAUCAUCAAAGUGUAGCAAGGUAAGCAAUUUAAAAGCGUACAUUGGUAAUUGAUUUUUUCUUUCUCUUCUUUUUUUUCCUUUUCCCCUAUUUUUCCUUUUGUUUUUUUUCUUCUCCCCUUGUCCUUAUAAUCAGUCUUUUACUUAAACUAUUUUGUUCUAUCUUUUUGACAUAUCAUUGUUAAUUUGGUUGUAUUGGCGACUCUCUUUUAGGAGAACACCAAUGUGCUUUAUUUUUGGUCCAUAGACUCGAGUAAGUUUAAGGUUGUUAUCUUUCUUACUAAAUUGGCACUAUAGGUUACAAAUGAACCGAGUUGUUCAUGAAUAGCUUGGUUGGGCAUGUCUGCUAAAUGAACAAGCUUAAACCAAAGUUUUUGGCUUUUUAGUAAUUGAGCUGGCCUCAAGUAAACCUAAGCUUAGCUCGAAGAACACAAUCAUAUAUUAAUUAACAUUUAUUUUUAUUGAUAUAUCAAAUAUAUUUUAAUUAUUUUAUUUUAUUUUUAUCUAUUAUGUUUGGUGUUUUUGCAAAUUUACAUAUUUGAUUGAUCAAAUUUAUUAAUAAUUAAUGUGCAUAUAAUUUAGUUUUUCUUUUUUCUUUUCAUGCCUGAGCUUGGCUUAUUUAUGUUAUUGAGUUGACUCAAGUCGAGCUCAAGUUUCUCAAAGGUUGAGCAUCCCAAAGCUUGGCUUGGCUCGGCUUGUUUGC